AUGGCUGAGGCAUUCACCUUGAUGAACGACGAAGUGCUGGGGCAAGCUGCGUCCAGACGAGCGGACACGCUGCGGCUAGCCUGCUUUCAUGGAACAUAUAAGAACCCUCAGACCUCUCCACAUCGCUACAUACCGGAUCUCAAGUCUACCCAUUGGCUGACGGGUAACCCUGAGGCGACGGGCAAGUACGACGAAAGCUACCAGAAACCGGAGAUUCGCAGGGAGGAUAUUGUCCAUGGUGAAGGCCUGUUGCGCGUCAGAGGUGACCAGCACAAGAAUGUUGUCGCGGAUGACAACGAUGAAUUCAGGGAGGCUGAAUCUCAUCCGGCGGCAUAUGGUGGCGGAGGACCACCACCAAGAGUGGAAGGAAGGCGGGGACUGCCCGAUCUGUCGAGCACCAAGCAGUUACGCGCCAUUGGUGCCCUCAGCCAAACGCAUCUGGUUGCCGACCCCCUCAUUUCCCUUACCAUAGAUCUUGCCCAGCUGGCAUGGCAUAGAUUCGCAAAAGACCGAUCACGCUCUCUGGCGCUCGGCGACCAGCGCCCCUCCGCCUCAACCUCCGUUUCCUUACCCGCAUCCGACGUGCCCACCACCCUUCAUCCCGCGAGCACCACCAGUUCCUCCACUCGCCCAAUGAGGUCGCGUUGCCUCGCGCGGUUUCUCAACCUUGACGGAAGCCAACGAACGCAAGCGCUCCUGGACGUCGAGUUUGAGAACGAGUGGGAGACAGAAGCAAUGAUCAAUGGGAAGGAGGACGAUGCCGAGGCGGUGACGGAGGAGUGCAGGCUAUGGACGUCUGGCGGUGGCAGUGCGCUAGUCAGGCCCGAGACGCACAGGAGCAACGGUUUGGUGGCGGCAGGAUGGGUGUGA